GCUUCCGGCACUUGAAAUUACCUGCCGUGACUCGGAAUAUCUUUCCGCCGCUUCAUGUAACAUUCGUAAAGCGGUCUAUAAAUAGAUGUACCCUAUAUGCUUGGCAUGUCCAAUUUCAGACAAAGCUUUUGUCGUUUUCCUCUACUUGAACUCAAUAAAUUUUUAGCUUAUAGUACUUCCAUAACACAAGUCUCUUCUGUCUAACGUUCUUGGUAUUUUAAAACACAGAGCGGCAACUAGUGCGAUCCAAAUUCUGCAUUUAGGGUCAAGGAAAAGACGUAUUUGUCAAACAAAAUCUAAGCCUGGGCAGCGAGGAAGGCAGCAUGAACCAACGCAGUUACAAAGCAAUCCCAUACUAAUCAAGACACUAGAGAGUAUCAGGCAACCCUACGCCGGUUAUAAAGAUACUUACUAGACUUUAAUAGCCUGAGGAUCGCGUCAGCUGACGGCUUACGACUUGGAGGAUUGUAAGCAAAGAAUGCAUAUAAACACACAAACGAGGGCCGUAAUUGUGAUCAAAACUUCUCACAGCAGUCAAAACUUGCAUGAGACAUCAAGAUUCAUCACCGCAAGCAUGAAAUCACAGCAAGAACUCAGAGAGGCCAUUGAGAACACGGCGAGAAAGUUCUUAGGUGCCUACAAAGAAGCCGGAGAACAAAACGACCCAGCCAUCAUCAACCGCGAUGUCACCGAAUGUUGCAAAAGAUACUUCAAGCCAGCCGGUGUUCUUCAGCUAUUCGGAUCGCCUCCGGUAGAUGGCUUGAGUAACGCCGACUACGAAGCCGCCAUGGCGCUCGACCUCCAGAAAUAUGUAGUCACCUACAGCGACAUUUCCGACGUGACUGUUGACACCGAGUCGCGCAAGUCUGCGGCAACGACUGUGACGGGCAUGAAAUACAAGGAUGGCGAAGAGGAUGUUAUAGAACAUUCGUGGGUCUUGGACUUUAAUGAGGAUGGGUCUAAGGUUACAAAGGUCAUCGAGUUUUGUGAUAUGGAUGGGCUGAGGAGGAUGUUCGUCAAAGUGUACAGUGACAAGCAAGACAGCAAAUAGCUCAGUAGCUAGGGGCUCAUACCGGGGUAAAAUCUUAGGUUAAUAAAAGCUAAUAUCCAUACUCAGUAGUUAGGGUUUAUAACAGAAAAUGCG